AUGACCAUGAUUGAUGUCUCGAGGCAGAGGAGGUCGCUCCUUCGGGAUGCGGCUGUGUUGGACCAUCUGCCCUCUGAAUUGCUUGAAAUUGUCAAGCAUCAGUCGUCGACGAAGCUCUUUGAUGCUGUGUCCGAGGCGGCGCUCUCACCAUCACUUACAGAGCGCAUCUUUGUGCAUUUUGAGGACGUUUUUUCAGACAUUUGCGCGCGCUGGAUUCUCAACGCCGGCAAUGGACCUCGACGCUUAUUAGUUGCAUCUGCCAUAGCUAGACUUUUGCCAUUUGCGCCAUAUCUCUCGACUUUUCUGCAAUGUUCCGGUAAAGCUGGCGAUGAAGCUGCGCCGGGACCUUCACUUCAAUUGGUGCUGCCCGCCCUCGACGCCUCAUUGGGCCUGGAUGCAGAUGCCUUAUUGCAGGUUUUAUUAGCAUAUUGGAGACUUUUCAGCUUUGAUCUGCGGACUUUCAGCCCAUUGAUUUCACCCGAGUAUUUACGGAGCUUGUUUGCGCAUGAGAGCCGAGCAGUGAGAUACCUUGCGAUUCGCAUCUUCUGCCAACUAUUUCACGCCUCCGAUUACAAACUUGAAUCCCUUACCGACACCCACGUCGGCAAUGCGAACGCUAUUACUGCGGAUUUCGACGGUGCAUCGGUUGAUUAUGGGUUUCUGUCGUUGCAUGAGCAUGCACGCGCGAAGAAGAUCAUCGCUUUGCGCCAGCGAGUGGCUCGAGAAGACCAGGAAUCCGAACACAACCACGAACCAGUCCUCCAAUCCCUCACUCAAUAUGCGGUUUCUUACGGCAAAAUCGUUCUCCCGCGACCACUAAUACCAGUUAGCAACUCCUCAGACCUUGUAAUGACGGCGACCACCACGAGUAACCUCGAACGACUUGCCGCCAUGAUUCGCAAACCCGAACCUAUCCUCCUUCACGGCCUACCUGGCGUCGGAAAGACGGCGCUGGUCAAUGAAAUAGCCAAGCAGCUUGGAAUGUACUCUAGCAUGGUUACGCUACACUUGAACGAGCAGACCGACGCAAAAAUGCUGAUUGGUCUCUACUCGACAGACUCAAAACCAGGCAGUUUUUCAUGGCGUCCGGGUGUGCUGACCACAGCGAUCAAAGAAGGCCGAUGGGUCCUGGUGGAGGAUCUGGACCGAGCCCCUACCGAAGUCCUCAGCACUUUUCUUCCCCUGAUCGAGCGAAACGAGCUGUUGAUUCCGAGCCGAGGAGAGAGGAUAAAAGCUGCGAAUACUUUCCGUCUUUUUGCGACUGUUAGGACAUCUCGGGGCUUGAACGGACGGGAGAACCUUCCUAGCAUCGUUGGUAUGCGCUUCUGGCAAUCUCUGACUACUGAGCCCAUGGUUCAGCCAGAAUUGGAGGAGGUUGUUCUGCAAACCUAUCCCAUGCUGCGCAAGUUUCUUCCCGGAAUCAUUGCCGUCUACAGCCGUCUGGCCCACGUUAGCAACGGACCUCGUGCUUUACCUCGCGGCCGACUCAUGGAUCGACAAAUGAAUCUACGGGAUUUGCUGAAGUGGUGUCGGCGCUUGCAAGAGUGCCUGCUGGCCGUGGGGUCAACAACUGGAGAGGAGCCUAUAACCGAAACUACGCGAGACUGGAUGUUCAUGGAGGCUGUUGACUGUUUCGUGGGAAGCUGUCCAGACGAUGAGCUUGGCAAGCAGCUUAUAUACGCCAUUGCCGAAGAGAUGCAUUUGUCCAAAGAACGGGCAGACCAUUAUUUGACUGCCAAUAUACCCCCUUUGGAGGAGAAUGAUGUUCAAUUCAGCAUUGGACGUGUUCAGCUGCGAAAGAAGAAGAUUGUAAACAAGCUACACAAGUCAAAACGACCAUUUGCCAGCACUGCUCACGCUAAAAAGCUGUUGGAGCAAAUUGCUGUAGCCGUCAAACUUAACGAACCAGUACUUCUUGUUGGAGAGACGGGUAUAGGAAAGACGACAGUCGUUCAGCAGUUGGCUGAGUCGCUUGGCCAUAAACUUAUCGCAGUCAAUCUUUCACAGCAAAGUGAGGUGGGCGAUCUGCUGGGUGGCUUCAAGCCGGUCAACGUGCGAAGUCUUGCUGUGCCCCUGAAAGAAGAAUUUGAGGAUCUUUUUGCGGCAACAGGCAUAUCUGCAUCCAAGAACCAGAAAUACCUUGAGCAAGUCGGAAAGUGCUUUGCUAAGGGACAGUGGUCAAGAUUAUCCAAACUGUGGAGAGAGGCGCCGAAGAUGUUUCUCAAGAUUGUGUCUGAACUAGAGCGUAUUCAGUCAGAGAAGGCCGAGGAGAGAAAUGGAGAUGCACAGCCGACGAAGAGGCGGAAGACUCAGUCUAAGCUGCAAACCCUGCUGGACCUAAAGCCAAGGUGGGAUCAGUUCGCGCGUACUCUUGAGCAAUUCGAGAUUCAAAUUUCGGGCGGGUCAACCGCCUUUGCGUUUUCUUUUGUGGAAGGAAACCUAGUAAAGGCUGUCAGGAAUGGCGACUGGGUCCUUUUGGAUGAGAUUAACCUGGCCUCACCAGAUACUCUUGAGAGCAUUACAGACCUCCUUACUGGACCGAAUGAGAAGCCGUCUCUUCUUCUCUCUGAAACAGGAGAGAUUGAGAAGAUUGUGGCGCACCCCAAUUUCCGCAUUUUUGGUGCUAUGAAUCCGGCGACUGAUGUUGGAAAGAGAGAUUUGCCCAUUGGUAUUCGAUCUAGGUUUACUGAGCUCUACGUGAAAAGCCCCGACAAAGACUUGAAAGAUCUUCUCACAAUCAUCAAGACAUACUUGGGCAAUGGCAGCAAUAAGAAUGACCAAGCUGGAGAUGAUAUUGCGCGCCUCUAUCUUAACACUAAACGAAUGGCCGAAGAGAAGCGAAUUGUAGAUGGAGCGAACGAAGUCCCUCACUUCAGUCUCCGUACACUGACCCGCGUCCUGAGUUAUGUCAACACAAUAGCGCCCUUCUAUGGCCUGCGGCGAGCCAUGUAUGAAGGAUUCUCCAUGGGGUUCUUGACGUUAUUGGAUCGAAAUUCUGAAAAGAUGCUUCUGCCGUUAAUCUACCACCACCUUCUAGACAAGCAUGGAAAUCCGCAGUCUCUUCUUUCUCAGCCUCCAAAGCACCCCGGCGAUGGUAGAAACUACGUUAAAUUCCAGAACCAGAAUCGAGAUCGACAAUAUUGGCUAUUUCAGGGCAAGGAGACUCCCAUAGAGCGAGAUGAUUACAUCAUAACACCUUAUGUGGAGAGAAAUCUUCUUAACCUUGUUCGAGCAACUUCCACGAGACGUUUCCCAAUCUUGAUUCAAGGACCUACGUCUUCUGGUAAAACAAGUAUGAUCGAAUAUCUGGCAAAUUUCACUGGUAAUCGAUUUGUUCGAAUCAAUAAUCACGAACAUACUGAUCUUCAAGAGUAUCUGGGUACUUACAUUUCAGGAGCUGAUGGGAGACUGCGCUUUCAGGAGGGUCUCUUGGUUCAGGCCAUGCGACAGGGACACUGGAUCGUUCUUGACGAGCUGAACUUGGCGCCUACGGAUGUUCUCGAAGCUCUCAACCGUCUACUCGACGAUAACCGCGAACUGUUAAUCCCCGAAACUCAGGAAAUUGUCAAGCCUCACGAAAACUUUAUUCUCUUUGCUACUCAAAACCCUCCUGGCCUAUACGGAGGACGAAAAGUGCUGUCUAGAGCGUUCCGAAAUCGAUUCCUCGAACUGCAUUUCGACGAUAUUCCAGAAGACGAGCUGGAGUUCAUCCUCCAGCAGCGUAGCCGCAAUACCUCGCCUCCUGACUGCAGACGUAUUGUCAAUGUUUACAAGGAACUUUCACGUCUCCGCCAGACUAGCAGACUCUUUGAGCAGAAGGAUAGUUUUGCCACUCUUCGAGAUCUGUUUCGAUGGGCUCUUAGAAAGGCGGAUACUCGUGAAGAAAUUGCUGCUCAUGGAUUCAUGCUUCUGGCUGAAAGAGUGCGCAACGAUGAGGAAAGGCUAGCUGUGAAACAAGUCAUAGAGAAAGUGUUCAAAGUUGCGCUCAAUCCUCAGGAUCUCUACUCUGCCGAAGUGGCGCCAGAACUGAAGCACCUCACUGGCCGAUCUAAUGCACAAGGAGUUGUCUGGACGCACGCAAUCAGGAGACUGUAUGUGCUGGUGUCUCGCGCCUUACAGAACAAUGAGCCCGUUCUCUUGGUUGGUGAAACUGGAUGCGGUAAAACAACUGUUGUCCAGCUGCUCGCAGAAGUUUUGGGUAGACAAUUGCACAUAAUCAAUGCCCACCAAAACACGGAGACGGGAGAUAUCAUUGGCUCUCAACGCCCUAUACGAAACAGAGGCGCUAUCCUCGAGGCUCUAGAUGUUGAUGUGACUGAGGUUUUGAGACAGUGCAAUGUUGAUAUCUCUGGCUCGGCAGCAGAAAGGCUGGAGAGGUAUAAGUCGCUUGACAGUGCAGUCCUUGAGAGCAUCCCGGAACAGAUCAAAGAGCGGAUAACCUCCAAUGAGACUAGAAGCAUGGCUUUAUUCGAAUGGUCAGACGGUGCUCUGGUAGAGGCCAUGCGAGGUGGUCACUUCUUCCUCCUUGACGAAAUCUCAUUAGCCGAUGAUUCAGUUUUGGAACGAUUGAACUCAGUUCUUGAACCUCAAAGGACACUUCUCUUGGCAGAAAAGGGAGUUGAUAAUUCAUUCGUUGUUGGUGCAGACGGCUACCAGUUCUUUGCUACCAUGAACCCUGGUGGUGACUUUGGUAAAAAAGAGCUUUCUCCGGCUUUGCGAAAUCGUUUCACCGAAAUAUGGGUUCCUCCUUUGUCAGACAGUGAAGAUAUUUACGACAUCACCCGGACAAAGCUGACUGAGGCUGCCAAGAGCUAUGCAGAAGCUGUAGUCAAGUUUGCGGCUUGGUUUGGCGCCACGUUUCGACCUAUGGCUACUGCCCCAUUCUCCGUACGAGAGGUUCUUGCUUGGGUUCAAUUCAUUAAUGCUUCUACUGAUGAGGAUGUCGUCUUCUCAAUUGUGCAUGGCGCUGCUGCCAUCUUCGUGGAUAGUUUGGGUGCUAAUCCUUCCGCCAUUCUCGCGACGGAUAUCAACGCCAUUCACCGCCAGCGAUUGGAGUGCUUGGGCAAAUUGGGAGAGCUGCUUGAUCGAGACGUUACUACUACUUAUCAAACACAGCCCGAACUUAAUGUCACCGAUUCCCACUUGACAAUCGGCGGAUUCAGUGCGCUUCGAACUGAAGCUGCUUCAAACCCUUCUAGCUUCGCUUUCCAUGCACCAACCACGCGGCUAAACGCCAUGAGAGUUAUCCGAGCGAUGCAAACACAAAAGCCUAUUCUGCUGGAAGGAAGCCCUGGUGUCGGAAAGACCUCUUUGGUUGUCGCCUUAUCGCAAGCCUGUGGCCGGCCGUUGACGAGAAUCAAUCUGUCAGACCAAACUGAUUUGAUGGAUCUUUUCGGAACGGAUGUUCCUGUUGAGGGAGAAGAAGCGGGUAAUUUUGCAUGGCGAGAUGCGCCUUUCCUCCAAGCAAUGCAGAAGGGCGAAUGGGUUCUUCUGGAUGAGAUGAAUCUUGCUUCGCAGUCUGUUCUUGAGGGUUUGAACGCUUGCUUGGAUCACCGUGGAGAAGUAUACAUCUCCGAACUUGAUCAGGUGUUCAAGCGCCAUCCCAACUUCCGUCUCUUUGCUGCUCAGAAUCCCCACCAUCAAGGUGGUGGCCGAAAGGGACUCCCAGCUUCCUUUGUCAACCGAUUUGUCGUUGUAUAUGCCGAUGUUUUCAAGAAUGAUGACCUCAAGCUGAUUGCCAGCCACAGCUUCCCACAGCUGUCUGACGAAGUCGUUAGUUUGCUGAUCCAAUUUGUAUCGCAGAUUGAGCAUCAUCUCCUUGUUGAGAAAUCCUUUGGCGCACAAGGCAGCCCUUGGGAGUUUAACCUUCGAGACGUUCUCAGAUGGCUCAACUUGUUGAGCUCGUCAGAUCCGCUCCUGAAAACCCGGCAUGUUGAAGACUUCCUUGACAUUGUAAUCAGACAGCGGUUCCGGACUGAAGCCGAUCGUACAGAAGUGGACAAAAUAUUCCGCCGUGUUAUUACAUGGCAGCCUCGCUCUCGCCAUUUUUACCAUGAUCUCGGCUCUCAGUUUGGCCAAGUUGGCCUUGCUCUAUUAAACAGAAACCUGAGCUCCCAGCCAGAGAGACUACCCAGCAUUGACAUUGUGCCAAGGCUCCCAGAACUAGAGUCCAUAAUGCUCUGCGUAAAGCAGGAUAUCCCCUGUAUUCUCAGCAGUCCUUCAGGAUAUGGUAAAUCUGUGCUGUUAGAGUAUGUUGCAGCUCUUGCUGGAAAGCCACUUGUCGUGUUCCCCAUGAAUGCGGAUAUUGAUACGAUGGAUCUUGUUGGAGGCUUUGAACAAGCCGAUCCCUUGCGAGAGAUCAACGCCACUAUCCGGAAUUUGAGGGACUUCUUGCAGCAGUCUAUCAUGUCAGUUGUUCCAGCUCAAGCUCCAAGCGAAGUUCUGCAGCUGCUUUAUCAACUCGACAGCUAUAAUGGUGAUAGCGAUAGUAUCGCUGUUAUUCGCGCCUCCAUCGAAGCUGUACUCCAGCAGAUUGCUGAGGGUUCUGAAGUUUACAUCUCGCUUUCCAAAGCUCUAGAGAUUCUCCACAGCCCUCUGGUCCUCUCAAAUCCUCGCUUCGAGUGGCUUGAUGGAGUAAUUGUAAAGGCGUUAGAGACCGGCCAGUGGCUUGUCUUGGAUAACGCGAAUAUGUGCAACGCUUCCGUCCUGGACAGAUUGAACUCUUUGCUUGAACCCAACGGCUUCCUCAGCAUUAACGAGCACUGUGGCCCCGGAGGAGAACCUCGAAUCGUCAGACCUCACCCCGAGUUCCGUAUCUUCUUGACCAUGGACCCUCGUCAUGGCGAGCUCUCUCGUGCUAUGAGGAACCGUGCCAUUGAGAUUCACAUGUACACUCCGCCACCCUUCAUGGAUGCAAGCCUUGCCAGGAUGUCACAUGUAGAGAGCUCUCUCCAGCGAUACCUUAAAUCCACAGAGUACUCAGAUGCCUUGUUUUCUGAGGAAGCUGAUGUUGAGGCUAGCCAAAUUUCUCUGGAGAACCUUUCCAUCAAGGACGUUGCUCUUCUUCCAAGAUUUGCCAAGUCGACUACAGCUGAACAUGCCUCGUACACGAACCUUGUACAAGAAUUUCUAGGCUUUUUAGAAUCACCAUUGGGGUCGCGGUUGCAAACAUCUCUCAAGGAGCUGUAUUCGCAAUUGUCGGGCACCACUUCUGAUGCUCUAGCUACUUCUCAGCCUCUUCACCCCCUUAAUAAUAUUACUGUUGGGAAUAUGCUUCCUUCUACCGAUGCAGCUAGGUGGAGCGCUACUCGUUACGAUACCUACCGUCACCUGUACCAGAUUCAAAACACUGUCACUGCGCAACAAUCCCAGGCUCGUUCUUCAAAGCUGGUCUCCUUGAACAGGCUGCAGAGAUCUCUCAUCAGUGAUCGUGUUGCUGCCGUAUCAAAGGACUCUACCGUAAAGAUUAGUCUAUUUAUUUCUUCAUUUUUGAAUGCUUUGACGGAAUAUUUUGGACUUGAUAUGUUGUCGCAUGACACUAUGGAGGGCACUCAGUUCAUUAGAGCUGUUCGAUGCUAUAUCGAUCGUACGAUUGAUCUUGCAACAAGGAGCGAUUUUGACGAGGCUACAUUCCAAGCUCACUUGGCUCAGGGCACCGCGCUCUUAAAGAAGCAGACACUGGCCGCACAGUCCGAUAAUACCCGCCAGCUCGCAUCUUAUAUCUUAGGAAGGCUUGAGGACGAUUUUGACAGUGGAUUCAAGCUGAGCACCGGUUUGAGUAUGGAGUCGCUCUGGAAUUUGAUGCGACCCAUUCCUAUUCCUGACAAGUCAGUCCUUGAUCGAUCCAUGGAGCUUGACCGGCUGGGUACCCGAUUUGAUGGCCUACGAUGGAAAGCUGGAGCUUCUGUUGUAGACUUGUCAAAAGCUCAGCAGACUCUUGAACAGGCCUACAAAAUCAUCAGGGAUGGUGUGCUCACAACAGAUGGUCUGGUAAAAGAUCUUAUUACUGGAAUUGAGUCUCUGGAGAGCCGUAUUGCCGAUGAAGAAGUUGAACUGCUACCAUUUUUGGCGAGACAAUUUGAGACUUUGAGACAGUUUGAUACGCUUCGAUCUAUCUCGCCUAGAAUGUCGGUGGAUAGCGGAAUCCGAGACUUGUCCAUUUUAUCCAAUGUUCCAACAAAGGCAAGACUAUCGCUCAUGAGCGCCACAAAAGAAGCGGCACUUUUACAGUCCAUGGAUUGUUUGGUGCAGCAAGACCAAUAUGCAUGGGACGGAACGUUUGUGCCCACGCUGUGGUCUAAAUUGCAAGCAAUGAGUGGAGUUAGUCUUGGAUCCCUGGCAUUGCUCGAUGUAGAGCUGCCUGCUCUUGGACGACAUAUCGCCUCACUGUCCGCUGAAGUAGCCGCUGAUCCACUGCCAAAACUGAACAAGGUUCUUCAGCAGCUGAUCUUUGAAGUCUUCGGAGCUCAUGAUGCGAGCCUCAAAGAUGCCGCUGUCCAAGCUUAUCUCAAUGCAGAGGAGCAAGUCAAGAAUCAACCCAUUCAACUGCCGGGCACUAGCCUCUUUGGUACCUUUUUGCAGAGCAUUGAACCUCUUCAUCUUCAGCAAGUCGCGGAACAGCACCUGGUCCCAGCCAUGGUUUCUUUGCUUGCAGAGAAGAAUGAUAGCCGGCAUACAUACCUAUCGGCGUUGGCGUGGACUCACUUCAGCGUGGGUGUUCUAAAGCUCUAUGUUCCAGAUCGUGUCUUUGAUCCUCAGCUGCGUCCAAAGAUCGAGAGAGAGUUCUUUGAACAGCUUCAAAACAGCUUGUCCGAUAACAUAUCCUCUCUGAUAGCUUUUGAGAGGAAGUUUACGGGACAGAAUACAAACGAACGUAUUGAACUCCUCAGUCAAGAACUUUCCAAUAUGGGACCUUUACCCGAUGAGGUUCAACCAGUCUUCCGACCAGAGGUUUCGGAACUUAGUCGACUGCAUGCGGAAUUCUCCAAUAUCUUGAAGGCCAUCACGAGUCCGGCUCUUCGAUCCGCAUUGGAACCAUCUAAUGACAGUAAUGCUCCUGGAGAAAGAGACGGACUUGCACUUGUUAAGGAAAAUGUUCAACGUCUCCAAGACCGACUUACUGCUCGAUUCGAAGCCUAUCAAGAUAUGACUAGGCCCGCCGCGAACCUUUUGCAGUGCUUGCUUGUUGGUUUGUCGCUUUAUGAUGCGGCCGCGGCUGCAUCGCUAUCUCAAUCCACGACGCAGCUUCUGGAUAUGACAUCUUUCUUCGGCGGUUCAACUUGGGAUAUCAGCACGAAGUCAUCCUUUGAGAAGAAUUUUGAAUUCCUCAGCCUUGUCCGAGUCGCCGUGAACGUUGAAGGAAGCGAGUGUUUCCAGCCAGGCAUGCGAGAAGCCAUCUUUGCAAGCUUCCAUGGCUUCUACGAUGAUUGGACCAAGAAGCUAGAGGCAGACAGGAAAGCUGAAGAGACGAAGAGCAGCCUCUACCAGUUCCGUGGAUCGCUCGAGGAUGAAGAGGAAUUCGAUGAACAAGAGUUUAACGAGCUGUUCCCGACAUUCGAUGCGGAUCAAGAGCUUAAUCGUCCAGCGAAUAAUGAUCGUUCCGGAAACAAAACAGAUUUCGUUCGCAACAUGUCACUCAAGAUUUCAGAGGCUCAUAGAAGGAUCUUCUUGGAUAGAGAAGAUGCUCAAAUUUCGAUCCGAAACUUGAGUAAAGACUUGGGCACCCGAGUUGCGAAUGAGACUAAGGACAAGUCAUAUCUUGAUCGUGAGCUGAACAGCAGAAUGCUUGCUAGCACGAUGCUUAUGCUUGACGAGAAACUCAACAGGCUGCAAACAGCUGAAAAGGACAAGUCAUACAGCUUCUAUACCAGCCCUAACCUGCCCGAAGCUCGACAACUUGUGAUUCUCGUUGGCAAGAUCAAGGCCCGCUUCCGUGAACUGCAGCUUGUGGAUGAAAUUGGCCACAUGCAGCCACUGGCAGACGUCAUCAAGUACUGCAAUAGCGUCCUAGAGCUUGUUCACGAAGAUCCUCUAGCUAAAAUCCUACCCAAGGUUGAGCAACUGCAUGCUCACGUCUACGAAUGGCAGUUUGGAGGAUGGGCGAGCAAGGUCUAUGCUGUUCUGUCGCUCUACAACGCGCUUACGGAUACUAUCAUUCGAUGGAGACGACUAGAACUGUCGACAUGGGCUAACCUAUUUGAAACGGAGCAAGAGAAAUGCCAAGAGGAUGCUUAUUCCUGGUGGUUCAUUGCUUAUCAAGUGGUUAUUGCUGUUCCCCUUUCAAUGGUGGAGUCUCCUACAGAGCUGAAGGAGUAUGCUGCGUCACUUAUCCAGACUUUGGAAACAUACUUCUUGACCUCGAUUAUUGGUCAAUUUGCAACUCGCCUGUCACUUUUGAAACAGCUUCAAACCCAUCUUCAGCAUCUCGUCAAGGAUUAUCCCAACUUGACGGUCAUCUGCCACGCCCUCACGAAUUUCAUCUUCUACUAUUCUCGUUAUGAGAAAAAUGCUGAAACCGCCAUCCAAAAGGGCCGAGCUACGCUCGACAAGAAGAUGAAAGACGUCCUACUGAUGGCCAGUUGGAAAGAUACCAACAUCAAUGCUCUCCGAGAAAGCGCCAAGAAAUCUCACCAGAAGCUGUUCAGAAUUGUCAGAAAAUUCCGUAGAAUUUUGGGAACCGAAAUGAAAUCGGUUAUUGACCAGGGCCUUCCUGACGAGACAAUUACACAGCAGGCCAAUUUGGAGAAUCAAGCUGUGGUAGCUGAAGUGCCUAAAAUUGCUACUGAGUCUUUGAAUGCGGCUCUUCCUGGGUGGCUGGAUAAGCGCAAACGCCUUGGCAACGUGGUGAAAACAGUAUCUGUGAUGCACAAAGUGGCUGCCAGCCCCGAAUUGACCAGUUCUGUUCCCCAAUCUUUGGACGCAUAUCUUUCUAGUUUGGAAGAAUCGAUGGCAGAAUUGAAGAAAGAAACGCCAUCGACCUUGACCGACGAGAACAAAGAGGAAGUCAAGCACAUGAAGACGAGAAAGCGCAAGUUAUUCGCCGACACUCUACGAGAUUUGCGUGGAAUGGGCUUACGGUACAACCUUGGCCAAGACAAGUUGGCUGAGCAAGAGUCACUUUCUAUCGUACUUGCUUCAACUAUGCCAUUGGAAUUCUCUAGUUCUAGCAUUCUCAGUGAAGCAGAGUAUUACUUCCACAAGACCUUAGAUCUUGCACCGAAAGUGAGGAAUGCUGCUCGAGAACAUUCUGAAGAUUUGACCGGCGCCGAGGUCACGCGAAGUAUCGGCUUCGUGGAAGGCUUUAUUUACUUUGCUCUGUCUCAGCGCAGUAGCCUUGCGAGCAUUUUGUCUGCCUUUGGAUCGCUGCAGAAUACUUUGUUCGAAUUCCAGGAUUUGGGCAAAUUUGAACAGCUUAAUGGCUUAUCUAGACGACAAAGCAGUACAGACUUGUCACGCCUCCUCCCCUGGAGCGUUCAGGGUUUGCGAUUCGCCAUUCACUUGCUGGGCGUACAUGCAAAACUAGGCAAGCUUGAUCACAGUGCUUUGGUUCAAAAGCUUGAAGCUUGGACAACUACAAUGGAGCAGCAUUCCCAGAGGUUGGGUGAAUUGGUCAAACUUCCUGCACUUCUGACGUCUAGUGCACAUGCUCAACUAGAGGAAGAUGUCUCUCGUGAUUUGGCUGGGCUACAAUUGGCCGUCACUGAUGCUAUCCAGGGCAAUCCUGAUGUUGCCUUCAUUCUUCAGCAGCUUCGUGUCUGGAGCCAGACUAUCAACAUUCCUCUAGAAGCUCAAGGGCACACGAUGGAUCUUUUGGGCUUUGUGGAAUCAAUUGCCACUCUAUGCGACACGGUUCUUGUAGCCGUUGAGAAUGCCAAGAAAGCUGCAGCAGAGAUCCCUAGAAAGGAGGACGAGACGGCCUGGCUAAAGAGACAUAGCGAAGCUUUCUUUUCUAUGAUCAAUCAGCUGUACAUGAGAAACGUCGAGAAAACUCUCCAGCAGUGUAUUCGCGCUUUGCAGAAAAUCGAUCUUGCACAGCCGUUGGCAAGCAUGGCCGCAAUGAGCGCCAUUACUGUUGCGUCACCAAUCUUGACCCAAUUUUCAGCACUAUGCCAACAAUCCAUCAUGACCGGUCUUGAUAUCCACCGCGCGACAGUCAAAAUGGGAUACGGCAUGACAAAGGCCUUUACACAAAUCGCAUCUCAAGGAUUCUGUACGCCACAAGAGAAGUCAGACGAAAAGUCAGGUGCCGACAGCAAAGUAGAAUCCGGCACUGGCCUUGGUGACGGCGAAGGUGCUGAAGAUAUCAGCAAGGAUAUCCAGGCUGACGAAGACCUUUCUGAGCUUGCACAAGAAGCCAAUAAAGAGAAGAACGAGGACAUGGAAGAUGAGAAGGACGCAGUCGACAUGGCAGACGAGGAGAUGGAGGGAGACAUGAACAGCGUGGAUGGUGCUGAAGAAGAGGAAGACAAGUCUCAGAAGGGGGAUGAAGAGGAGGAGGAAGAGAAUGAUAUGGAUGAAGAGGCUGGUGACGUGGAUGACCUGGAUCCUACUGCCGUUGAUGAAAAGAUGUGGGAUGGCGAUGAUGAGAAGGCGGAGAAGGAUCAAGAAGGUGAUAAAGCCAAGGGUCAGAAGCAAGAGGACGAGCAAAUGGCCACUGAAGGAGAAGCGAAGCCAGAUGACGCGGAGCAAGAUCAGAGCAAGGAUCAAGAUCAAGAGCCUGAGGCCAACGAGGGUGAUGAGCCCGAGAACGAGGAAGUAGAAGACGAGGAAGAAGGCGUAGAUGCAAAAGAAGAGCUGAACCGCCAAGACCAAACAGUGGAGGAGAAUGAUGCGCUGGAGCUGCCCGAAGAUAUUGAUAUGAAUCUUGACGAGAACGAUGCGGCAGGCUCAGAGGAUGAGGAUGAUUUGGAUCUCAUGUCAGACAUUGAGGAAGACGACAAGGAGCAGGAAGAGCAGCCCAAUGAUGCGCAAGCAGCCAAUGACGAAGAGAUGGAAGAGGAUGCUAAGCAGCAGGUAGAGGAGGAGACUGCUGCUGACGACGAAGUUAGCGAAGCGGAAGAGGUUGAAGAAAACGUUGGUGAAGAAAUCAAAGAAGAACAGGAAGCUGAAGAAGAAGAGAAGAAGGAAGAACAACAGGACGAGAGCAACCCUGAGCCUCAACCUAAGCAAGAGGAUAACAAGGCAGACAACGACAAUGCGGCCCCUAGCGACGUCAAGAGCUCUGGAAUAGAUCAAAACGCAGAUUCCAUGGACGUGGAUGAUGAGUUUCAAGCCAAGGCGGCCCAGCAAGAUGAAGGAGAUAUGGGAGACGGCGCCGCUGACCAAGACACGAGUGCCGGCAACAAGGGGGCUACAUCACGCUCAAAAGAGACUGCAGAUAAGCCUGAAGAUGGCAAUGCAGAGGAAGAGGCUCGCAGUGAUCCUUUCAAGAAGCUUGGUGAUGCCUUGGAGAGAUGGCAUCGCCAACAGUCAGACAUUAAGGAUGCAAAUCCAGAAGAAGAUGAAAAGCAGCACGGACAAGACUCUGAAGAACAAGAAAGGCGCGAAUUCCAGCACCUGCAGGAUGACAAUGCAGCGGAAGAUACUCAAGCUUUGGGCACAGCAGACAAGGAAGAGGCACAGCCCUUGGAUGAGUCCAUGGCGAUUGAUGAAGAGAAGCAAGAUCCAACCAGUCGUCUGAUGGAAGAAGACGAGGCCGAAAAGGAGGCCGAAGAGACUGACAAAAUGGAUCUUGGCGAGCCAGCAGACGAAGACAAGGACACGGCUGCCAAUGAUGUCGAUGAUAAUCGGACUGGCGUAAAGACAAGACAAGGUGCCUACAACAAGGAGUCUACGCCUGAAGAUGAGGAGGAAGAUGACCAGAGAGCCAAGACGGAUGAAGAAGAGGAAGAAGUCCAGGAUGCGUCAACCCAGCUAUCGACAACUCACCUUUGGGAAGACCAGCGUCCUCUCCGCGACUUUUCAGCCUGUCUUGAGCAGUGGACCGAGCUUCAGACCAAGUCUCACAGCCUGUCGCUUUCUUUGACAUCUCAGCUGCGACUGAUUCUGACCCCAUCUCAAUCUACCAAGCUGUCGGGAUCGUUCCGCACCGGAAAGCGGCUGAACAUCAAGCGCAUUAUCCCUUACAUCGCUUCCAGCUACAAGCGAGACAAGAUCUGGAUGCGACGCAGCAUCCCGACCAAGCGAACUUAUCAAAUCAUGCUUUGCGUGGACGACAGCAAGAGCAUGGGAGAGUCGUCAUCUGGCGCAUUGGCAAUGGAGUCGCUGGUCAUGGUCUCACGCUCCCUGACGAUGCUCGAGGCCGGCCAAGUGGGCGUGUUGGGCUUUGGUGCCGAUGUCUUUACGGCGCACGAGCUCACCGAUCCCUUUGCUUCGGAUGCUGGCGCCAAGGUCCUGCAGCGAUUCUCAUUUGGUCAGGACAGGACGGAUAUUGCACUGCUGAUCCGACAGACGAUUGACACGUUCCGCACGGCACGGCAGCGGUCCAGUGGAGGAGCAGACCUCUGGCAACUUGCGUUGAUCCUUUCUGACGGACUGACGCCCUCUUCGGCCCACGACUCGAUCCGACGCCUGCUCCGCGAGGCGAUGGAGGAGCGCAUCAUGAUUGUCUUUAUCAUCAUGGACGACACGGGCAAGAAGAAGGGAGACAGCGUGCUGGAGCUCAAGGAGGCCAAGUUUGUGAGUGACGGGGGCGAGAGCAGAGUGGUGAUUGAGCGGUACUUGGACACGUUCCCGUUCCAGUAUUAUCUGAUUGUGCAUAAUUUGGAGGAGUUGCCGAGCGCGCUGGCGGGAUUGCUGCGCAUAUGGUUUGCGGAGGUGGCAUCGUAA